AUGAAGAUAGAGGUUUUGUUUCUUAUUUGUUCGGUGGUUCAGGUGGCGAUGUCAUGCGCCAACGCCGAAACACCCACAACCACUGAAGCUGCUCCGACCACGACAGAAUAUCCAUCAGUUCCCCAAGGGUCAUGGACGGACUUAAUUAAGUUUUUAAACAGCAGCAGUAAUGGAAACAAGUUUUACUUUUUCUUUUAGAGUUUCUUGUCCCCGAAACAAAAAAAAAGUGUCCAUUGAAAGAAAUUUCUAAU